AUGAUGGGCGAGGAGGACAGGAUGCUCAACGUGGUCGUGCUCUCCGAUGACUCGAACGAGUCGUCUCCGUGCGACCAGCUGGCGCAGAGCUUUGCCUCCAUCGCGAGCUCUCUCGGCACUCAGUGCACAUCGCACUCGGACAGCUACAGCUUCAAGGAGGGCGAUGUGCUCUUCGAGUUCGAUGAGGAGAACAGCGAGGAGAGCGAGGAGACACCGGCCGAGGCGGCGGAGAGGAUGCGCCAAGAGCGGCGCUACCAUCUUCGGUACGGCCCCAGCCGGGCAAACCGCAGCCACGACCGCCAGAGCAUUCUUUCGGCUCGCCAGAACCUACUGAACGAGUUCAUUCUUCGCGAAACCAAGGAGGCGACCGUAAGCCGCCAGGAUCACCACAUCAUGCUGCGCCAGCUGAUCAGCGCGGCGUACUUCCGCGACCCUAACCGCGUCUCCAACCGUCCGCUGUGGCGCCGCAUUAUGGCGGCCAUCGGAAAGGAGUACUACGGCUCAAAGGCUAUCUUCUCACUCUCCCCUGACCCGUACGAUAGCGUCGUGGCGAAGCUGUCGUCGAUGAUGCUCUGGGACGAUGAGAUCCGCCACUGGGCGUACGGCUACUGCGACUCGGAGAUAACCCGCCGCCGCAACGCGCAGGUCGAGACGCUGAAGAAGCUGGAGGCGAGCGGAAGGCUCUUCUUGUAG